CCCUCGUGUCCAAUCAACUGGAACAUUGUGGCUGUCUGAAGACUUCCCAAACUAUCUCCGCUGUCUCCCUCCUGCCAAAGGAAUAAAGGCGCGCAUUCUGAAGCACCAUGACGAACUCUCUUGAGUCCUCGCGGCCCAUCCUCGCCAGUUCCGCCGGCAACCGCGCCUCAACCCGCCUGUCCACUUACAGCGCCACUCCCACGCUGACGCCAUCAAUUGCACCUUCGCACCUCUCCGGAGCAAGCUCAACCGCCGGCGACCCCAAAGCCCAGGAGAUCAAGAGCUGGAAUGCAGGCUUUGAGCGACUUGAGGAUAAGCGGCUAGCACAGCAACGAUAUCAGAUGAGCAGCGAGAAGAACGACGACAUGAGCAAGCUGGCCCUCGGUGCGAAACUAGACCGAGCCCUAGGGAGGCGCAUGACGGGGCAAGAUGCCGUCUUCAGACCGAAAUGUGUCAUAAACGAGAAGAAGGUCCAGGCAUAAACGAAUGAUCAUGCUUCUAUCUACAUCUUUCGAUUCAU